AUGGUAACUUUUCAGGCAAACUCACGUGGUAACUUAUCGAUGGACAGCAACGCCGCUGCUGACCGGUUAGUCAGCCGUGUGGUCGAACGCCUGCAACCUAUGUGUCUAGGUGCCUGCCUGCCUACGAUCUACGAGCUACGCGGCGGCGACCAAUCAGGAAACGGGAAAAAACGGCCACUGCGACGCUCACUCGUCUGGUUCGUAAAAUGGUGCGCGCCUCACGACACUUCCGUCCAGUGGCCUGGUCGAUAUCGGCAACGUCUGUUUGUCGCAGAGGAUGAAAGGCCGAGCAGGCGGCUGACCGACCAAGCUAUAAUGGUUGAUGGACGAAAUUUUGAACGCACAGGGCGGAACCGCGUUUACACGAUCGAACGAGCGCGCUUCGCGCCCUGGUCUCUCUUGGCAUUGAAAUGGUGCCGAGAGACGACGUCGACGACGACGACUACGAUCAAUGACAGGGCGGCGCGGCGCGGCGCGGCGGAGUAG